AUGAAGAUUCUCUCUUCUAUAGCCGAGUACUUCACACCCGCAGGAAAAGACCCGGUCACACUGGGUAUAAUCGAAGUGUCUUUAAAGCAUUUAAGAUAUAACAAGCCAGUCAGAAUAGAGUAUAAUACAAUAGAAGUCACCCUGUGCACAACCAACCUGUCCACAAAGUAUGACAUAUUCAAUAACAUCAAUGUAAUAUACAUAAACAGAAUGCCGUACAGUGUGAAGGAUAGGGUUAUAACAACCAAGAAUAUGGAAAUUCAGAUCAAAGUAACAAAAAACAAAAUAAAAAUCAAGGAAGAAGAUUUCACCCGUAUAAAGCUGCUGGGGCAGAGUACAUCCAAAGUGUACUUAGUGCGGUAUAACCAGUCAAACCGACUGUACGCGUGCAAAAUAAUUAAGAAAUCUAAAAAUAUGAAAAACAUAAUUAAUGAGAGGAACCUUCUUGUUAAGCUUAAGAAAUCCCCAUUUCUUAUUUCUCUUCUGCUAUCGUUUCAGUCACCAACAGAACUUUUCCUGAUUCUGCCGUAUUACAGGUUUGACCUAUUCACUAUUUUAAACAUACUGCCGGAGUACGCCAUAAAAAUAUACUUCUGCGAGCUAGUGAUAAUUCUUGACCAUAUGCACAGUAAGAAUAUUAUAUACAGGGACAUAAAACCAGAAAAUAUCCUAAUCGGACCAAAUAACCAUAUUCUACUGUGUGACCUGGAUAUAUCCGUAGAGUCAAAUACUAACCAGAAAUUCACACCAACUAAUAAUUCCGGCACUCUUGAGUACAUGCCACCAGAAGCCCUCGUACAAAAAAGACUCACUCCAAAGUACACCAGUAAGUAUGAUUACUAUACUCUAGGCAUACUCCUAUACGAAAUGGUUGUUGGGAACACACCCUACAGAAUAACAGCGAGUGAGGAUGAGGACGACCUUAAAAACAAAAUAUUAUACGAGGAGAUAGAGUACCCAGAAAUAAACCCGAAUAUAGCAGAUAUUAUUAAUAAACUAACAAAGAAGGAUCCAAAUAAAAGAAUCGGGUAUAAGGAAAUAUCCGUGCAUCCCUGGCUGUCCGGUGUAGACUGGAAUAAAAUUAGAAAUAAAGAGUAUGUCAUACAACUAGAUGUAGAAGAAAAAAAAAGACAAAAUUGCACAGACGCUGAAAUAGAGGAUACAACCAGCGUAGAUGAUGAAAGUUGCAGAGAAACAGUCCCAGGGUUUACGUGGAUAGGAGAGGACUGGGAUGAAGAGUAAAUAUAAUAGUAACUAGUAAAUAAAUAUAACAGUACCA